AUGACUGAAACCAACGAUUCAUUCUAUCUGGGGUUUGAUUUAUCCACCCAACAACUCAAAUGUUUAGCCAUUAAUGAAUCCCUAAGGAUUGUUCAUACAGAGACUGUAGCGUUUGGUGAUGAAUUGCCACAAUAUGAAACCAGUAAGGGUGUUUAUGUUAAGGGUGAUUCCAUUCAGAGCCCAGUUUCCAUGUGGUUAGAGGCUCUUGACCUUCUGUUUAGUAAAUUUACGCAACAUGGAUUCGAUUUGAGUAAAGUUAGGGCCGUAUCUGGAUCAUGUCAGCAGCAUGGAUCAGUUUACUGGACUCAAAAGGCUGACGAAUUACUCAGAGGCUUAAAGAGCACCAAGGGUAGUCUGGCCGAACAAUUGUCACCAGAGGCAUUCUCAAGACCUACAGCUCCUAACUGGCAAGAUCAUAGUACGGGCAAACAAUGUCAUGAAUUUGAAGAUGCCGUUGGUGGACCACAAGAAUUGGCUCGCAUUACUGGUUCUAGAGCUCAUUUCAGAUUUACAGGUACUCAAAUUCUCAAGAUUGCUGAAGAAGAACCAGAAGCAUAUGCUAAUACCGCUACCGUUUCGUUGGUCUCAAGUUUCCUAGCCUCGGUAUUGACUGGUCAGUUAACUUCUAUUGAAGAAGCUGAAGCAUGUGGUAUGAAUCUUUAUGAUAUACCUAAGCGUGAGUACCAUCCAAAACUUCUGGAUUUAGUAGACAAAGAUAGAAAAUCGAUCGAGAGUAAACUAAAAUCACCUCCAAUCCAUUGCGAUAAACCAGUAUGCUUAGGUAGUAUUUGUUCUUAUUUUGUGGACAAAUAUGGAUUUAAUAAAGAUUGUUCAGUUUACCCAUUCACGGGUGAUAAUUUAGCCACCAUUUGUUCCUUACCGCUUGAGAAAAACGAUGUGCUUGUGUCACUGGGAACAAGUACGACUAUUCUUUUAGUUACGGAUCAGUACCACCCUUCUGCGGAUUAUCACCUUUUCAUUCACCCUACGUUGCCUAAUCACUACAUGGGUAUGAUCUGUUACUGUAAUGGUGCAUUAGCUAGAGAAAGAGUCAGAGAUUACAUCAAUGGAAGUCCCACAAGUGAUUGGACACCCUUUAACGAUGCCUUGAAUGAUACUAAUUUGAAUAACGACGAUGAAAUUGGUGUAUAUUUCCCGUUAGGUGAAAUUGUGCCUAGUGUACCAUCGGUUUACAAGAGAGCGAAAUUCGAUCCAUCCACUGGCCACAUCAAAGAAUUUGUAGAUAAUUUCGCUGAUGAUAGACAUGAUGCCAAGAACAUUGUGGAAUCACAAGCUCUCAGCUGUCGUGUGCGUAUUUCUCCCCUACUAACUUCUGGUGUCCCCGUAGAGGGACUAGCUAAGGAUCCGAACGUGAGGUUCGAUUAUGACGAUAUACCACUAAGUCAAUACUAUGGUAGAAGACCCAGGCGAGCAUUUUUUGUUGGUGGUGCCUCCAAGAACGAUGCCAUUGUCAACAAAUUCAUUCAAGUGUUGGGUGCCACUGAGGGAAAUUACAGGUUGGAAACACCAAAUUCAUGUGCUCUAGGCGGAUGCUAUAAGGCAAUAUGGUCUCAUAAAAUUCAUGAGAAACAGAUUACUGCUACAUUUGAUCAUUUCUUGGGCGAAAAAUUUCCAUGGGGUGAAGUAGAGCACAUAAGGGAUUCUGAUGACGCUUCUUGGCACCAUUAUAACAAGAAAAUUUUGCCUCUCAGUGAAUUAGAAGCAUCAUUACCAAAGCAUUGA